AAGGAAUGGUAAACGUUACCUGGGCCGUCAGUUCAGGUUGAGCGCUCGAGUUGGUCGGUUGUUAGACGCGCGUUACCUCCACAAAGAGUUUCCGAACAGGGGCAUCCAGUGAAAUCAGCGGCUUGGGCGAAAGAAUCCGUGUGAUAUUUCAUUCGUUUCGUUUCGUGAAGUGUAGCAGAAGUGUAGUGAAAAGCCAAUUCGAAUCGGACAAGUCGCCGGCAGAAGACACGAUAUACGAGACGUUCGACAGAACACCUCAAGUGCCCCAAGUACAGCCAAUAAGCCAACAAUCAACCAACCAACCAACCAACCAUCCAUCCAUCCAUCCAUCCAAGCAACCAACAGGCAACACACGCAGCUACAAAAUGGAAUACCGGUGCUUAAGUAGAAGUUCUGUCAAACACCUAACGGCUCUCUGCGUCAUCAGCAUCGCACUCACCUGCGCAAACGCGGCAUUGUGGCCGAGUUACAGCAGCGAUGAUGCGCCCCCCAGCCGCUGCAGCGGUGGGCGUGGCCUGAAGUACCUGUCGGGUGAUGCGCUGACGGACUCGCUCGAUUGCCUGGGGCCCAAUAAUGCGCCGUAUCCAAGCGCGGCAGUGGCGCGCACAUUCUCCAACUGGAACGGAAACUCGCGACGUGGUCGCCAGAGCAAAUUGCCCAGCACACUGGACCCCGCCAUAACCACCAGUGCUCUGCUGAGGGCCUACGACGAGGUGAACAACGAGGCCGUCGGAAGCAGUCGCUAUGGUCGUUCGCUGAAGAAUGCCACGCCGGCGCAGCAGUGCAAGAGCGAGACGCCGGCGCGCCUCUGCAAGACGCGCUACAACACCACGGCGCCCAUGUAUGGAGUGAGUCUGACCUCCGGUCAGCCGGUGACCAUCGUCCAGAAGUUCCCCGAUCUCCUCCAGCAGGUGGUCUUCGAAGUGUGCGAAUCCUCUGAGUGCGACGUGGUCCGCGGCGAGUGUACGCAAACCUAUGUGCCCUACCUGUUCCUGGUCAUUCCCCUCGGCCCGGUGACGCUGACUGGCCAGGAUUACGUGCUGGUGGAGAGCGGAUGCGUGUGCAAGCCCAAGUACUCGACGGGUGCCGCCCAGGAGCCCAACAUGAUACCGUAGGGGGAGCAGACGGAGGAGGCGGUAACCACCAGGAACACCAACAGCAACCAAAAGAACUGAGCGAGCUUUGGGUCGGAGCAGAUCGGGCCAAGCCGAGCUGGGCUGAGCUGGCUGGCGGCUGGCUGGCUUAAUUAAAAGGAAUUAUUUUUUGUAGCGAAAUCAAUUUUGCAAUGUUAUUUAAUGUUUUCCCCCAUUCUCUCAUUCUCCUUUCAUUCCUUCUAAGCUGUAUAAAAUUGAAAUGCAAUUUUGCUCGAAAAAUAAUCAAAUCCUAAUGUUAAGUCUAAAUUUAAACAAAAUUGAUUAAAUGCCUCUGUGCGUUUGUAGUGUGUAUUUAUUAGAACCCCUAAUUACGGCAUUCGAAAAUGCAAAAUAAAAACAUUCGUUU